CAUUGGUUGCAGAUGGUAUCGAAUCAAGACUGUGAUUUGUGAGGUCAACAAAUGGUUGCAUUUGGGAAAAAGUUGAAGGAAUUGCAGAUCCAAGAAUGGAAAGAAUAUUAUAUCAAUUACAAGUUACUGAAGAAGAAAGUAAAGCAAUAUGCUCAACAAAACGAGGUUGCUGUCCAGGAUCGUGAUUAUGUCCUAUCUGAUUUCUCUCGAAUGCUUGAUGAACAGAUAGAGAAGAUAGUUCUGUUUUUAUUAAAACAACAAGGUCAACUCGCGAUCAGGCUAUCAGGUCUUGCGGACCAUAGUGACGAUCCCCUUUUGCAUGGACCACGUUAUGACUCAACAAUGGAACUACGAGAUGCAUAUCGAGAAGUGGGGAGAGAUCUUUUGAGGGUCUUGUUCUUUGUUGAAAUGAAUGCUAUCGGUCUAAGGAAGAUUCUUAAAAAGUUCGAUAAGCGACUUGGAUAUAGGUUCACUAAUUACUAUGUCAAAACUCGAGCCAACCAUCCUUAUUCUCAGCUCCGACAAGUGUUUAAGCAUGUGGGUAUAUCAGCAGUCGUUGGAUCCAUAUCUCGCAACCUUGCUGAUCUGCAAGAUGAUCGCAGACGCUAUGGGUCAAUUUAUGAUCAACCAACUCUUUCCAUUUCGGACCCUAUGAUUGAGUCAAUCAAAGCAGCCGAGAAUCGACUAAUGAACUCAACGGAUUUCCUUCAAUAUUUGGGAAAACACGCAUUUAUUAUGCAAGACGAGUUGCCAUCGCCUUCAUCGGAAGAACAUGCUGUGAACGAGCGAUAUAAUUUUACGUCGCUUCUUUUGAACUUGGCGAAUACGUUCUUGUAUAUGGUCAAUACGUACAUCAUUGUCCCAACCGCAGAUAACUACUCUCUCAGCCUUGGAGCAGCGGCCACGGUUUGUGGUGUUGUGAUAGGAUCAAUGGCGGUCGCGCAGAUUUUCUCUUCGGUUUAUUUCAGUGCAUGGUCGAAUAAAUCGUACAUCAAACCUCUUAUAUGCAGCAGCGUUCUUCUUCUUAUUGGAAACACUUUAUACGCCCUGGCUUAUGAUCUUGACUCGAUAUACGUUCUUCUCGUUGGACGCUUGUUCUGUGGAUUGGGAUCUGCCCGCGCUGUUAACAGGCGUUAUAUUAGCGAUUGCGUGCCUCCGAAGCUAAGAAUGAAGGCAUCUGCUGGCUUCGUGAGUGCCAGUGCCCUCGGCAUGGCUUGUGGUCCGGCUCUUGCCUGCCUAUUUCAACGGAGAUUCACGAUCUUUCGACUCACCUUCAACGAAGAUACUUUACCUGGAUGGUUCAUGGCGUUUGCAUGGUUCAUCUAUUUACUAUGGCUAUGGUUGUUUUUCCGAGAGCCUGCAUUUGAAAAAGAAGAGAUUAUCGUGCAACGUGAAGCAUCUGAUACCAUCGUAGAAACUGGUUUCUCCGAGCCAUUCCUUUUGGGUUCUGGGAAAAAUCAAGAAGAUGAAGACGAGCAACAUGAAUGUGAUGAUGAUCCUAGUGAGGAAUUAGCCGAGGAAAGCCAUGAGCCUGUGACUUCGAUUAUGUCUGCAUACCGUCUGCUUACUCCAUCUGUCAAGGUUCAAUUGAUUAUAUACUUUAUGCUCAAAUUCGCGAUGGAGAUUUUACUUGCGGAAUCGAGUGUUAUCACGUCAUACUACUUUAUAUGGUCGACAAGCAAAGUCGCCUUAUUUCUUGCUUGUCUUGGGCUAACUGUUCUUCCGGUUAGCAUUUUCGUCGGGAGCUACAUCAGCAAUGUGUUUGAAGAAAGGCAAGUUUUGUUGGCUUCGGAGAUAAUGGUAUGCUUGGGUAUCGUUUUAAGCUUUCAUGUCAUCGUCCCCUACUCGGCACCCCAAUACAUCCUAUCGGCUCUUCUAACGUUCGUGUCUGCUGAAGUUCUCGAAGGUGUGAAUUUGUCGCUCCUAUCUCGAGUCAUGUCAUCGCGUCUAUCUCGUGGGACCUACAACGGCGGACUACUGUCGACCGAAGCCGGGACACUAGCUCGGGUGGUUGCAGACGGAACCAUCACGCUAGCGGGAUACUGGGGAAUGAGUAGACUCUUAAACAUAACCCUACUUCCUUCGCUCGUUAUUUGCAUCUCGACGAUCAUAGCCACCUCUUCAAUCUACAACACUCUUUAUUGACCAUUUAGCGUAUGGGGAUCACGAGUUAUAACGGCACCCUUUCAAUAACACGACUUCCGUACGUAAGUGUAAAUAGUAAGAUAAAACUCUUUUUAACGAACACGUAUUUAUAUAACUACUAGGGAAUCUACACCCUACGGAACUUCUUCUUUGUUAUGGAAAUCGUAGAUUCACUCGUUUAGGAACGGGUGCUCGUUGAUGUUUUUCCAUAUCGAUAUAUAAUAAUUUAUGGCGUUCGAUGAAUAUAUGUUAAAAUGUUGUA